AUGCAUCCUGAUGAAGUUAUUCAAAUAGAUAGUGAUAUUGAUAAUUUCGACCUGCCUCCUCCUGCUCCUCGUCCAGUUCCAACCACAGCUCUUGCUACUACCCCAAUACAUCGUGCACCAGCUCCAGUCAUUGAAGAUGAUGAUUUUUUUGAUGCUACAUUUCCAAGUUCGCCAGUUGAAGAAAUCCCCAAUAGAAACCACAUUCCACCUGGCCAGAAUCAUCCUUGGACUCCAGAAGUGUUUGCUAAAUUGAACGAAAUCUUCAAAUUAUCAUCUUUUAGAAAGAAUCAACUUGAAGCUGUCAAUAAUACUUUAGCUGGUAGGGAUACUUUUGUUUUGAUGCCUACUGGUGGUGGUAAAUCUUUAUGUUAUCAAUUACCUGCAGUUGUUAAAUCAGGAAAAACAAGAGGCACAACAAUUGUUGUUUCACCGUUGAUUUCAUUAAUGCAAGAUCAAGUUGAGCAUCUUUGGGAGAAAAACAUUAAAGCUGGUAUGAUCAAUUCUAGAGGAUCUGCAGAGGAGAAGAAGACAACAUUCAAUUUAUUUAUUGAUGGAUUUUUAGAUUUGGUUUAUCUUUCACCUGAAAUGAUUAGUGCUUCAAAUCAAGCAAAAAAUGCAAUUGAUCGUCUUUAUAAACAGGGGAAGUUAGCAAGAGUUGUUGUUGAUGAAGCCCAUUGUGUUAGUAGUUGGGGUCAUGAUUUCCGUCCAGAUUAUAAACAUUUGAGUUAUUUCAAAGAACAUUAUCCAGAUAUACCCGUUAUGGCAUUGACUGCUACUGCAAAUGAUCAUGUUAAGAUGGAUAUUAUCCAUAAUUUGAACUUGAGGGAUCCAUUAUUUUUAAAGCAAAGUUUCAAUAGAACAAAUCUAUUUUAUGAAGUUCUCACCAAGGAUAAAGAUCAUAUGAAACAGAUUGAAACAAUGAUACGCACAAAAUUCAGAGAUCAAACCGGUAUUAUUUACUGUCAUUCCAAGAAUUCAUGUGAACAAACUUCUGAGAAAUUAAUCAAUAGUGGAAUUAAAUGUGCAUUUUAUCAUGCUGGUAUGACUCCUGAAGAUAGAUUAGAUAUUCAAAAGAAAUGGCAACAGGGUACAAUAAAAGUGAUUUGUGCUACAAUUGCAUUUGGUAUGGGUAUUGAUAAGGCAGAUGUUAGAUUUGUUAUUCAUUUAACAUUACCUAGAACUUUGGAAGGUUAUUACCAAGAAACUGGUAGAGCUGGUAGAGAUGGUAAUUAUUCAUAUUGUAUUAUGUAUUACAGUUUUAGAGAUGCAAGAACUUUACAAACAAUGAUUUCUAGAGAUAAGGAUUUGGAUAGAAUUGGUAAAGAAAAACAUUCGACCAAAUUAAGACAAGUUAUUCAAUAUUGUGAAAAUUCAACAGAUUGUCGUCGUCAACAAGUGUUACAAUAUUUUAAUGAAGAAUUUGAUAAAAAAGAUUGUGAAAAAAAUUGUGAUAAUUGUCAAAAAGGUACGGAUGCUUCAACAAUGUAUGAAAAAGAUGUCACUGAGUAUGCUAAAAAGAUGACACAGUUGGUUGAAUCACUACAGGAUCAAAGAGUUACAUUAAUAUACUGUCAAGAUAUUUUCAAAGGAUCCAAGAGUAGUAAGAUCACAAGUGCAGGUCAUGAUUCAUUACCACAACAUGGUGGUGGUAAAGAUUUAGAAAAAGUUGAUAUUGAAAGAAUUGCAUUUCAUUUGAUUGCAGAAAAAAUUCUAGAAGAGUUUUCGGUAUUUAAUGCAGCUGGUUUUGCAUCAAGUUAUAUUAGAAUU